UAUGCUAUAUUUUUAAAGAAUUUUUCUACAAUAAUAACGAUUCUCUAAAAAACCACUGUCUCAACAAUCAUACUGACGUUUAUUUUGAAGAAAUCAAACUACUAAAUAAUGGCUUUCAACCCAGCGAUGCCUGAUCAAGAAUUCUUAUUAAAAAUAUUUGAAAAAGUAGACAAAGAUAGAAGCGGUCACAUAACAGCGCAGGAAUUGCAACAAGCACUCACCAACGGGACAUGGGCUCCGUUCAGAACGGAAACAGUUCAACUGAUGAUAGGCAUGUUCGACAAGCAAAAACGAGGAACAGUUUCGUUCCAGGAUUUUGGAGCACUUUGGAAAUAUGUGGUUGAUUGGCAACACUGUUUCCGUUCUUUUGACAAGGAUGGAUCGGGAAAUAUCGACAAAAAUGAACUUCAUGCCUUGCAAACGUUUGGAUAUCGAAUUUCCCAACAGACGGUUGAAGCGAUUGUGAGAAAGUUUGAUAGGUUUGGCAACAAUACCAUACUAUUUGACGAUUUCAUACAGAUGUGUAUUGUAUUGCAUACAUUGACUGCAUCGUUCAGACUGCAUGAUCUGGACCAAGACGGUGUUAUCACUAUAAAUUACGAGCAGUUUAUUGACAUGGUGUUCAACAUAAUGUAAAUUAUACAAAAUCCGGCAUAAUAACCUGACGAUUUUUGAGAGAUGAUAAUUAAAGUGUGUUUUGUAGGUACAAUUAAAACAUGUAAUAUUAUGUCAAAUUAAA